AUGUCUGGUGAAGGAGGAUUCGACGACACCAACUACGACCGCGGCAUGGAGGAACUCCUCCGCGAAGAGAAGGAUGAAGACGGAAACGCGAUCAUCACGGAAUGGACGGAAGUCCACGAGACGUUCGACACGAUGAACCUCCAAGAGAACUUGCUCCGCGGGAUCUACGCGUAUGGUUUUGAAAAGCCGUCCGCCAUUCAGCAACGUGGUAUUGUGCCGUUCUCCAAGGGUCUUGACGUGAUCCAGCAGGCGCAAUCCGGUACCGGUAAGACGGCCACUUUCUGCGCCGGUAUCCUCCAAUCCUUGGACUACUCCGUCACCGAGUGCCAAGCGCUCGUCUUGGCGCCGACGCGGGAGUUGGCCCAGCAAAUCGAGAAGGUCAUGCGCGCCCUCGGCGACUACCUUCAAGUGAAGUGCCACGCGUGCGUCGGCGGUACGUCCGUUCGUGAAGAUACCCGCAUCCUCCAAGCUGGUGUCCACGUCAUCGUCGGUACCCCGGGUCGAGUUUACGACAUGCUUCGUCGUCGCGCUUUGAAGAGCGACCACAUCAAGAUCUUUGCUCUUGACGAAGCCGAUGAAAUGCUUUCCCGAGGUUUCAAGGAUCAAAUCUACGACAUCUUCACCUUGCUCCCGCCGAAGGUUCAAGUUGGUGUUUUCUCCGCGACGCUUCCGCCGGAGGCGCUCGAGAUCACGCGCAAGUUCAUGACCAAGCCGGUGCGCAUUUUGGUCAAGCGUGACGAACUCACCCUUGAAGGUAUUAAGCAGUUCUACGUCAACGUCGACCAGGAACAAUGGAAGCUGGACACGCUCUGCGAUCUGUACGAAACGCUCGCCAUUACGCAGUCCGUUAUCUUCGCGAACACUCGUCGUAAGGUUGACUGGCUCACGGACAACAUGCGUGCCCGCGAUUUCACCGUCUCCGCCACGCACGGUGAUAUGGAUCAAAACACCCGUGACGUCAUCAUGCGCGAGUUCCGCUCCGGCUCGUCCCGUGUGUUGAUCACCACUGACUUGCUUGCUCGUGGUAUCGACGUCCAACAAGUUUCGUUGGUGAUCAACUUUGACUUGCCCACGCAGCCCGAAAACUACCUUCACCGUAUCGGUCGUUCCGGCCGUUUCGGUCGUAAGGGUGUCGCCAUCAACUUUGUUACCUCCGACGACGAACGCCUCCUCCAGGACAUCCAACGUUUCUACCAAACGGUCAUCGAGGAACUUCCCUCCAACGUCGCUGAUCUCAUCUAA